UGUGAGAACGAUUAUCUACUUCGAAUUAGCGAACGGUUCAGCAAAUGGAAUCUGAAUCGUUCAUAAUCAGGUCGUAAUGUAAGUCAUUUUGAUUGCACCAAAUAUAUUAUAGGCAGGCAACCCUUACGAACGACGAAGCUCGACGUUCGGAGUAUGGAGUUAUGCGAUGCGUCAUUUAGUCCUGUGCAAACAAGUCACUCGUAAAUCAUCUAGUUCAUUGCGGAUUUCACCUGACUCCAGUGUAUUCAAUCAGCAAAGGAACUUAAAAUGAUGGCCCACUGGAUUUUGGUCAUUUUCCUGACAGUCUUGCUCAGUGGGUUACUCAAGGGUUGCAUUGCCGAAGACCUGAAAGACAUCGUCAUUCCUGUUGAAAUAGCAGAAGUAACCAGUGUGAUGGCAUCCCCAAACAAUCAUGCAGCCAGUGACAUCCAGAUCAGUCUGAGGUCAGCUUAUGCUGUGGAAGUUCAUUUGCGUCUAGAUGACAUACCUAUUGUAUUUAAUGAUGACGGCAGUGUGAUCAAGGCAAGGAAAUUUCGCCAAGGCGAUAGCCACAUGAUCCUCAUUGCCUCAGCGAAACCUAUGAACACAUCUUUGCUGGGGAUUGGACUGCUGACACAACACCCGCGCAACACAGUGGCGGUAUGGUUAUAUUUUGAUGCCCUUCGAGAUAUGUUUGAAAAAGGUGUCAGCUUCCCAGUGGUUACUGAGAUGCCAAAGCGUGGAUACAGAGUUGAAAAAGAUGAUAGUGUUGUAUUGAAGUACAGCGUCACUUACGAGGGUAGCGGAGGAUUAGUGGCUCAUAAUGCCAGUGCCAUCGGUUACUUCAGCCAGCCGUUUCAUUGGCAUGAGGACAACAUAAUCCGGGGUACUAUGCACCCUGGGGAUGAAGAAAGGUUUGAGCAAUAUAAGCCCAAAUUUGAUGAACGACAACACUCGAGCACAAGUCCAAGCGGGUAUAUAACCUUGACCGCAGAGCUGGAAGAACGCCUUGGUGAUUCUUUCCCUAUGGAUGGCUCUGUCCUAUACGUCGAAUUUACGUUUAAAGUCGGACCUGAAAGUCCGCAGCAGAAGAACAGAAUAUAUGUGUACGUCUAUACGAGCCUUCACUACACCGACACUGAUGAUAUACCAAUGGGCGUCGAGCAGCUAUCAUGGAACCUGAAUACGUUCUCUCUUGGCUACCAAAAAAAGGGAAGUUUUAAUAUGCUGAUCGUUGGAUUGAAUUACGAAACCCCCGCCGAGUCACGUGGGUUGAAAUGCAUUGCCGUAGGAUUGGAGAAUGCCCCUGUCAUAGCCGUAGCCGAAUUGCCAUCCCUUAGUAACGUCAUAGGUGAUGUCACGAAAUUGAAGCAAGUGGAUCUGCUUCUUCCGGGGUCUCACUUCGGGCCCAUGGCCUUUGAAGAAUUCAAAAUUGAUCUGCCAUUAGGGAGUGAAGCAUAUUACGUUUUAAGUGCAUCUACCGCAAAUAAGGUCACGACAACUGUCAUAAAAGUAAUCAGCAUUAUUCCAGUAAAGGUCAACAUUGAAGAAAAUAGGGAGAAAAAGGAACGAUAUGAGGCCACAUGCACAGCCACGGGUUCGCCAAAGCCAACUAUGAGGAUAUUCCUUGUUCCAGAGGCGAAUGUAACCUACAACGGUGCAUAUAUUGACGCAGCAAAGGUCCAACAGGAGUACGAGCAAUUUGAACUAAUGGAUCAAUCGGGCAAGCUCAAUGUUUCAACAAGCUCCAGAACGACUGCAGAAAAGACUGUGUCAUUCUUUUGGGAAGAGUUUCUUCAAGAGGGUCAUGAUUCCGACGGCUUUACUCUCUGGUGUAUUGCUUCUAACCUCCACCAGCGAGAAUUAGCGACCAAUGAGAUUUGGUAUUUCAACGACGACGUCUACAAUUCUUCUGACUACGACAUGUAUAUUGACUAUUAUUCCUCUUCAACAUGAUUUUGUGAAUGGUCUAUGUUAUGUUUUCGAGUGGAUGUGACCUUUUCCGAAUUGCCUUCAAUAUGAUCGUGUUGUCCUAGUUACGAUUUCAUUACGUUUUGAUACUACUUCAUACAAAACAUGAACAACUACUGCAGCAAUUCAUGAACAAUGCAAAGCCUUGAGUUCAACUAGAUUUUCAUCGAAAGAGUCAUUGAUAAAUGCACUUGUAAUCUGAGAGACUUCCUUGUGAGAGGAAGGAAUAUAAAUUUGUAACAAUAACACGAUUUCAUUUGUCUUUUGGAAAUGUGAUAUCCCAGUGAACAGAGACGGCACAGACUAUUAUUUUGUAUUCGUCGAGUAUCCUCCUCCCAGCGGCCUCCCCAUGGUUUGUAGCCUCGGUUUGUCUUUGGACAUUACUUAGUUUCACCAGGCUGUCAGUUUCCCGCGUCAGCUAGGGAAGUGAAUU